UUUUAUUGUUUUAUUUACUGUCUAUAAAUCCAUCAAUUUACAGUUAGUAAAAAUAGCAUAAAUAUAUAAACAUACCCUAAUAUAUAGGCUAUAAACAUAAAAAUGUAAAAUAAUAAUAAUAAUAAAAAUAAUAAUAUUGUGGUAUUGAAUUUGAGAAAAACAAAUAGCUAAUGUCAGCCUUAUUGCCUGUUACACAUUUGACAUCAUGAUGAACUUGUCAGCAUAUUCUCGGACAGACAAAAAUAGAUUGCUUGUUGUUCAUCUUUGUGUUAGCCUAAGUGAUUUAACUUGAGGCUAAAAUGUAGCUUUUAAUGACGACUACAGGCUUCACUGAAUCAAUGACAUAAUAAACACAUUAAUGGAGGGGUCAUAUCAUAUCACGAGGAAUCAUUUCUGCGGAAUCUGUACAGCAGUGAAAGGGUGGGGAGAGUGACGUACAUUAUGACCGCGUCUCUGGAGCAAUCCACUACAUACAGAGAAGCGGAUUGUAAUUACUCCAACAACGUUACUAACUAAAGCUGCUAAAAGCAAUAAAACAAAGCACACCUGAUAGAUUUAAAGCAUUUAAAAUGAUUUUUAUGAUAUUUUUGAUGAGCAAUUAUCUAGCACUACAGAAGCGUGAAGCCCGAAAGGUCCGGAUCCCCCCUCUUGUGUGUCAGUGGUUGAGUCCACUGGUAAAAUUCCGAGAAUUGCGAGCUGCGUCUUCUCAGAAGAGUUCUUCCAAGAACUGUCUUCGCUGGACACUUCCAAGAAAAAUACACCAGGUGAACAAUAUGUCGAGUGCAGCAGACGGCUGCGUUAAAUUCACUCGCCAUGCCGGUGAUGUGCUGUUCAACUUCAACCGCCUACGCAACAGAAACAUCCUGACUGAUGUCACCAUUAUGGUCGGUGGGCAGCAAUUUCAAGCCCACAAGACAGUUCUGAUGGCAUGCAGCGGCCUCUUCUACUCCAUGUUUGCAGACACUCAUAAGAGCAACUUGAGCUUCAUAAGUUUAGAUCCAAAGGUGGACCCCGAUGGCUUCGCCAUACUGCUGGAGUUCAUGUAUACGUCUUGCCUCACUCUUAAAGAUAACUUCAUUAUAGCCACCCUCAACACAGCCACAUACUUACAGAUGGACCAUGUGAUGGACACAUGCCAGAGGUUCAUAGACUCCAGGGGCUUGUGUGUGAAGCAGACCAGAGCAGAGAUGCUGGUUAAUCACGGCUGUUUAUCUUCAGAAGCUCCCUUCAUCCUUAGAGAUGCCCUGAACAGCCAAUCCAGUGUUAACUUUAGCACUUACGGUCCUCCCAACCUGCACUAUGCAGUCAGCACUUCCACCGAAAGCCCGACUCGCUUCUACAGACAUCUGCCGCUCCCGCUGGAGACCUCCAACACCGCAAACCCCCUUUGGCAGAUCCCCAAGACCGGCGUAAUAGCCCGUCAACAGCACUCCCUGCCAGACAGCGGAGACUCGGCUAGGAUGAUGACUAACGCGGGAGCCACGGAAUCCAGAGAAGAGAGGAAACGUCCAUCUGUGCUCUUUCGUUCAGCUCGAGCCGAGGGAGACCGGAAGGCUGCGAAUGUGCAUUCAGAGGUGGAGAACACUGAACCGUGUCACACCAGUGGUCCCGAGAGCCCUCUUAGAUCAGACUGCCAACCCAACUCACCCGCAGAGUCCAGCAGCUGCAGUCGAGGGGCGGCGUCUCCUCCCAGCUCCAUCAGUCACCCAAAGGUCCACAACUGGAAGAAGUACAAGUUCAUUGUGCUGAACUCCACAGAUGGAGCGACUGACAACAGUUCACUAACUCCAUCCCACAUAGUUUCAGAAUCCACCAACAAGAGCAAUGAAGGCAGAGGGCAGCUCAUUAUGGAUAGCAGAUCUGCAGAUGAUUGCAUCAAAAAAGAAGAGCGUGGCUCACUUCCUAACUCUUUGACAGAGGAGAGCAGCAUGGGACCCACAAGAUCAGAGAGGGACAGACUCUACUGCAACGAGUGCGAGUCCAAGAGUGAAUCUGAUGCAGAAAAGCCUCAGUGGCUGCAGGACGGAAAACCAUACAAAUGUGACCGCUGCCAAGCCAUGUUCCGCUAUAAAGGAAACCUAGCUAGCCACAAGUCCGUCCACACAGGAGAGAAACCGUACCGCUGCAAUGUAUGUGGAGCUCAGUUCAACAGGCCUGCCAAUCUGAAGACACAUUCACGGAUCCACUCAGGAGAAAAACCAUACAAAUGUGAAACCUGCGGCUCUCGCUUUGUCCAGGUGGCUCACCUAAGGGCUCACGUACUGAUCCACACUGGAGAGAAACCAUACCCGUGUGACAUCUGCGGAACACGCUUCCGCCACCUCCAGACGCUGAAGAGUCACUUAAGAAUACACACAGGCGAGAAGCCUUAUCAUUGUGAGAAUUGUGACCUGCACUUCCGUCACAAGAGUCAGCUGCGUCUGCAUCUGCGGCAGAAGCAUGGUGCGGUCACCAACACCAAGGUCCAGUACCGCAAAAGCAGAACAGACCUGCCUGUCAGCUCCCUCGUGACCUCUUGAAAAAACCUUAAGCUGUUCAGAGACUCAACAAAAACCUUUUCAAGUAAAGAUAUGGUGAAGGAGACAUGAUCAUUUACUGGUACUGCCACACGAAAAGCCAUCAGGAAAUACAGAUGCCCGCAUGGAUCAUUGUGACGCCCAUGCCGGUGUUUACUCAUAUGGUGAUGUUACUUUUUUUAUCUGAAAUAUGAAGGCCUAGUGCACCAGCACAUUCUGGUUCACCCUUCAUGAUUUCAGCCAGGUAUCAUGGUGGUUUGUUAAGAUUUUAAUAAUAAUAUAAACACAGACUUCCAAGCAUUGUACUUAAGUUCUUGUCAAUACAGACUGCAAAUUCUUAGUGUAAGAUUAGAUAUUUGAACAUAAUUUUAUCUCUAUUUAUUUUUUUAGAAUGCUAUUUCACUCCCUCUCCAGGCAAACUAUGCACUGUAUAUAAUAUACAAGGGGAAGAUUGGUACAAUUGCAGUGUAAACGUUUUACCAAUGUGGUACAUUUAAAGAAGCCCUGCUCUGUCUGACAAUUGUAUUGUAUUUACAUGUGUUUGUACAGUUGUUUUUGGUACUAGAGGGCCAAAUGUCCUUGCAAUUAAAUAUUUGAUACCAAACAAA